CAAUCCCUAUAUAACCACCACCACAUUCGCCGUUCACCACCAUCUCCACCUUCAUCGUAUUCAUAUCAAACUCUCCACCUUUUCGCCAUUAAUACCGAUCGACUAUCACAUCAUCGUCAUUAUUCACUCAUCACGACUUCAACUCAUUAAAGAAACACAAUGCAAUAUCAAGCAGCAGCUGCAGCGGAGUCAUGGAGGAGUACCCCCACCACCGGUUAUUACUGCAACUACAUGGCUGUAAGGCACCACCCCACGGUGGCAUUUGAUCCAUUAGAGAGGGUGGCAAAGCUGGCGUCACAAAGUGCGGUGGUAAUAUUCAGUCUGAGCACCUGCUGUAUGUGCUACGCUGUGAAGAGCCUCUUCUCCGGGAUGGGUGUGAACCCGACUGUCUACGAGCUCGAUGAGGAUCCCAUCAGAGGGAGAGAGAUAGAGAAGGCUCUGGUGAGACUUCUGGGAAACUCCACGGCGGUUCCGGUGGUGUUUAUCGGCGGGAAACUAGUGGGGACGAUGGAUAGAGUGAUGGCUGCGCAUAUCAAUGGGACACUGGUGCCACUUCUGAAGAAAGCAGGAGCCCUUUGGCUAUGAAUAAUUAGUUUACUCGUUUCUUUAUUAUGUAAUGCAAAAUUAGUUAAGUAGAUUUUAGAAAACUUAAUUGAAAAUUUGAUUAGCCAUGUCUUACAUUCAACAGCACUUUCAAGAGCCUGUUAGAGAAUCCAAUCUUAAAGAUGGUUUUAUUAUUGUUUUCA